CGGCGCUGUGUGAAAAAUGAGACAAUUAAUCCAAUAAUAAAUUAAAUAAAUACAAUUUCAUAGAAUCAUACUGAUUUGAAUUAGUGAUUAACAAUCCCCCAAGCUAAGCGAUAAGCCACAAAGUGCGCGCGCAUGACAAAAUGCAUUAAGGCGGAAUUGCAAUCACUAAACUGCGCGCUGCUUAAGGCUCGAUCCUUUACGCAUUUUCACGUCUAGCUUUUCAUCAUACCCGGAGGAGUUAUGCUCUUUACACGUAGGCGGCAUUUUUUCAAGAGAGUUGGCUUAGCCACGCUCCAGAUAUGCAUGCUGUUUUUCUUGCUGCUGUUCGUCCUGUUGCCCCUCGUCUUUCGCUAUUCAGUGACGUUGCAGCGGGGAAUUCUUUUUCUUACAUUCAUUACCUAUCCGAAGGAUCUUGAUCUCACCAAUCCGGCCAGCAUUGGACUUUAUGCCACAAGAAACUUUUACAUAACCGUUAAGGACCGGGAUGUGGAUGAAGAUGGGGUGCGCAUUGGCGUCUGGCAUGUUUUGCCGGCAAACGCUGUGCGUCGCUUUAAGCGUGAACUGCAAGUGGAGGAAGCCUUUGUUGCGGAGCAUGGAGUGGCGGAGGCGCCUAGCGUAGAACCUUCCACAUCAACGAUCAGCAUCAAUGAGCAUGAAUUGCAAGAAUUGGAGCCUUUUUUGCGUGCCGAAUUUCCAGUGAUUGUGCCUGAGAAUGAGCAGAUCUUCUAUGAACGCCUGCUGCGCGCUCCUGGUGGUACUGUGGUGCUUUAUUUACAUGGAAAUACAGCGACACGUGGGAGUGGACAUCGGAGUGAGGUCUAUAAGUUGCUGCGGAAGCUUAAUUAUCAUGUUUUCUCGUUCGAUUACCGCGGCUAUGCCGACUCUGAUCCCGUCUCACCUACGGAGGAGGGUGUAGUGCGUGAUGCGCUAAUGGUAUAUGAAUAUAUUGCCAAUGUUACCUCUAAUCCUAUCAUCAUAUGGGGACAUUCACUCGGCACGGGUGUGGCCACCCACUUAUGUGCCCAGCUGGCGCAUUUAAAUGAACGUGGACCCCGGGGAGUGAUCCUGGAGAGCCCCUUCACCAAUAUUCGCGAUGAGAUCAGGUUACAUCCGUUUUCGCGACUGUUCAAACAUCUUCCCUGGUUCGAUUUCACAAUCUCACGUCCCAUGUAUAGCAACUCAUUGCGAUUCGAAUCGGACGUCCAUGUGGGCGAAUUUCGGCAGCCCAUUAUGAUCAUACACGCCGAGGACGAUGUAGUUGUGCCAUUCCACUUGGGCUACAGGCUGUAUCGAGUCGCACUUGACACCCGUAGUCGAUCCUGGGGACCGGUCGAGUUUCAUCGUUUCGAUGCGAGUUUUGGCUACGGACACAAACAUUUGUGUCGCGCUCCCGAACUUCCCUCGUUGGUUCUGCACUUUGUGGAGAACUAUCGCGAUGCAGUCUACUGAGCGGGGAGUAGUAUUAGUAAUUCAUGACAAUUUCCAAUAGUUUGAUACAGACCAUUGUAUUUUAUUAUUUAUGUAUUUUAAUUUACUAUCUAAUCGCCGCAUCGAUGCAAAAAAUUUUCACACAGUGCAAGAAAAUUAAAAGAGUCAUAUGAAUAAGGAGUCCAAA